AUUUUAUUCAGUGUAGUUCCAACACUCGGUGUGGUUGACCGCACCAUUUUUUUUAAUAAAAUCUUUUUUAAUUUACGGUGACCAACAUUCUAGAGUGAUAAUUCCUGUGAUAUCUUAAAUAUAACAUAAAAAAUAAAGUGCAAAGGAAGCAUUUGUGUAGUAUAAAGACUUUAGUUAUUAAUUUACUUCAUCGUGGUGAAGGAAAGUUAUUCAUCUUGGAAUUUCCCAAAUUUAUUGAUAAUCCAAAAUGGCGACAUCCGUCCUCCAGCCCGAAGAUUGCCGAAGGGAGCACGAGCCCAAGGACCUCGUCGAGGCUCCCCGACUGACAGAUGACGAUCGCAUCCGAGCCAUGGAAGAGAAAGAGAGGGAGACAGGCGACCUCCCCCCUGAGCUGAUAGAGACGGCACGUCUGGAGCUGAGGGAAGAGCCAGCGAUCAGAGAGCAUGCUCUCAAACAGAUGCGGCAUUACAUUGAGAAGCAUCCGGCCAUCAAGCGUUGUAGGACUGACACCCCGUUCCUGCUGCGCUUCCUCCGUACCAAGAAGUACUCCGUGCCGCAGGCGUGCUCCAUGCUGGAGCGGUACCUCACCAUCCGCCAGAUGCACCCGCAGUGGUUCCACAAACUAGACCCCCUGGACCCCAAGAUCGCGGCGGUGAUCGACGCCGGCUACCUGGUGCCGCUGCCGAAGAGAGACGCGCUGGGGAGGAGGGUCAUCCUCUCUGCUAUUGGCCGCUACGACCCCCACGUAUUCGACAGCAACACGAUGGCUAAAGUCCACUCGCUGAUCGUCGAGCUCCUAUUGGACGAGCCACGCUCCCAGCUGCAAGGCUACACUCACGUCAACGACGAGGCGGGCAUGCAGAUGCCGCAUCUUAGUCUAUGGUCGCUGACGGACGUUAGGACUAUGCUCAACUGCAUACAGAAUUCUACCCCGAUGCGUCACAAGUGUACUCACUUUGUAAAUAUUCCUCAUUACGGCACGAAAUUCUUUGAAUUCUGCGUGUCGCUACUUAGUGACAAACUCAAGGACAGAGUAAUGUUUCAUCGUAAUGCUGAAGAGUUAGUGAAGCAUGUUGACCCAGCUAUACUUCCGAAGGAAUAUGGCGGAACAGUACCUCUGAGAGACAUGAUUGAAGAACUUAAACGCAACUUGCUGGCUCGUCGCAAUGAGCUAAUGGCUCUCGAUGACAUGUGCGUCGAUCUGCAUGCAUUGGGCAAGAACGAUCUGACCCAAGAUGUGCAUUCUACAGUUGGUUCAUUCAGAAAGCUCGAGCUUGAUUAGGAAGUUUCAUUAUAACUAACAUAUUAAUUUUUUUUCUGUAGGUACUCAUAAUCAUUUGAUUAGAUAAUAAUUCUUUUAAGUGUAUAAGUACAGAUAUGUAAAUAAUUAUAGAUAUACACGUAAGUUAUUCCUCCAACCGUUUGAAUACAUAAAAUUAAUUCAGUGAUUAAAGAAAUUGACCCUAUAGUAACAGGGUACCUACUGAUUCUGAAAUUGCCUUUAUAUGCUGUGAGAGUUUAUUCUAAUUUGAUGGAUAACAGAUCUCAUAAUCCGUUUUAUGGUAAGAUGCGCUGCUUGGUGCUAUAUUUUAGAUUCCUUAUGGUUGGUGUAUUGUACCUACCUAACCUUUCAUCCACACAUUUGCCAAUAUAUACCUUAUCUUUACCUAACCUAAUUAGUUCUUAGUGACAGCCGUCGGUGGUGUCACGUUACCAUUCUACAAGAUUCAUCCUUAUUUAAGGAUUUGGAGACUGUCCUACGU